AUAAUAGUUCGUCGCCUUCUUCUGAUGUAUCUGGAAAUGAUUCGAACCCCGGAAAAAGUUUUCGUCAUUUUACAAGAGAAGUUCUUCCAAGACUCGAAAAUUAUCGAAAUGUGAUGUCAAUACACGCAGCCUCCAGACCGACUCUUGACGAGUUGCACAAUGCUACUGUUCAGGGAGAGGGCAAGGGAAUAGAACCAUUUGUUGGUGCCUCAACCGAAGACAUGAAAGUUCCAGUUAAAUUUGGAUGGAUUCAAGGAGUCCUGGUUCGCAAUCUUCUCAGCAUUUGGGGAAUAAUGUUGUUUCUGCGCCUUUCAUGGGUUAUAGGCCAAGCAGGGAUUGUGCAGGGUUUGCUAUUGAUACUAAGCACCAGUGCAGUGACUGUGAUAACAGGAUUAUCAAUGUCAGCUAUCAGUACAAAUGGGAUCAUAAAAGGAGGUGGCAUGUACUACACUAUAUCACGAUCCCUGGGACCUGAAUUUGGAGGAUCAAUUGGCCUAAUUCUGUCACUAGCAAAUGCAUUGGCAUGUGCAAUGUAUGUUGUUGGGUUUUCUGAAUCCUUAAACGAUUUGCUCGAUUCUUAUGGUCUCUCAAUUGUUGAUGGUGGAGUGAAUGACAUGCGAAUUACAGGUGUCAUAACAGUAAUUGCACUGUUGUGCAUUGUUGUUCUUGGUAUGGAAUGGGAAGCCAAGACUCAGCUUGGUCUCCUGAUCAUCCUGAUAGCAGCCAUUCUUGAUUACACAGUUGGUUCUUUCAUUGGCCCACAAAGCAACGAAGCUAUAGCCAAAGGAUUUUUGGGAUUUAAUGCUACUUUAAUAUUGCAAAAUUUGCAUGCAGAUUACAGAGUCAGUGAUGGUGUUGACUACACGUUUUUCUCUGUUUUUGCUGUAUUUUUUCCUGCAGCAACUGGCUUUCUUGCAGGUGCUAAUAUAUCAGGAGACUUGAAGGACCCAGAAGUAGCAAUACCAAAAGGAACACUGCUUUCAAUUUUCAUAACUACUGUUUCAUACCUUUUCAUGGCAUUCAUAGCAGGAGCCACGGUUGUGCGUGAUGCAAGUGGCUAUGUGCAUGAAAUUUCAGAUCAAACCUUUUUGAAUUGUACUGGUCGAACAUGUAAGUGGGGAUUGCAGAAUAGUUUCACAGUUGUCGAAUUGGUGUCAGCAUUUGGGCCUCUCAUCUAUGCAGGGUGCUUUGCUGCCUCAUUAUCUUCUGCGCUAUCUAGCCUGAUUUCAGCUCCAAAAAUAUUUCAAGCUUUAGCCAAAGAUAAGCUAUACCCUUAUAUUGAAUGGUUUUCAAAAGGGUAUGGUAAGAAUAAUGAGCCUAUUCGGGGAUAUGUAUUGACAUUUGCAAUUGCUGUUGGCUUUAUUUUAACAGGUGACCUGAAUAUUAUAGCUCCACUGAUAUCAAAUUUCUUUCUGGCAACAUAUGCUCUUAUAAAUUUCAGCACAUUUCAUGCUUCUCUUGUUAAACCAAUUGGUUGGAGACCUAAAUUCAGGUAUUACAACAUGUGGAUAUGCCUCCUUGGUUCUACAUUGUGUGUAAGUAUAAUGUUCCUGAUAAGCUGGUGGACAGCUCUCAUCACCUUGGGAUGUAUUUUGGCAUUGUAUCUCGUGGUCUCCUACAGGAAUCCAGAUGUGAACUGGGGUUCAUCAACUCAAGCACAGACUUAUAAGUAUGCUCUGUUAUCUGUGCAGCAACUAAAUCAAGUUUUAGAGCAUGUUAAGAACUACAAUCCACAAAUAUUAGUACUCACUGGCAGACCAAGCCAACGACCACCACUUGUGCAUUUUGCUCAUCUCAUUACAAAGAACUCAUCGCUCUUGAUCUGUGGUCAUAUCAUUAAGACUGUAAUGAAUCGAAGACAAUCCAAUAGACUAAUACUUGACGCCCAGAGUUGGUUCCAGUUGAACAAGAUAAAAGCAUUCUACACAUAUAUCGAUGAAACAGAUUUUAAAAAUGGAGCAAGUGCUUUAUUACAGACAGCUGGAAUUGGCAAACUAAAACCAAACAUUUUGCUGGUGGGUUAUAAGGCAGACUGGCAGAACUGUGAACAACAUGAUCUCUCUAUGUACUUCAGUGUCAUACACAAGGCACUGGACAUGCAUAUUGCAGUGUGCAUCCUUAGACUGCAAGAAGGAAUCAGUUAUUCAAAUGUUCCAAGUGAGCCUGUGGAUGUCGUGGAUGGAGUCAGUGGUGAUAUUCCAGAUAGGACUUCCUUACAAGAUAAUGAAAAAUUUCAAGACAGUGCUCAACAGAAGCUGUUCGCUGAAUGUUCUCAAGGUAGCUCUGUUAAUGAACUCACAGAGCACUUAAGACAUUAUAGCAUAAGCACAUACACCGAGUUAGCUGAGGGUGCUGUGAAUGUCAGAAGAGAUUCAAUAAUUAGUGCAGCUCCAUUUGAUUAUUAUGGAAGCAAAUCUACAGUCAACAAGCAGAGUGAUAGUAGAAGAGACUCACAAACAGAUUUAUUCAAGAAAUUGUCAAAAGAAACUUUAGAGAGCUUAACAUUGUUUCAAAAGUUUCAGAAUAAUGGAACAAUUGAUGUCUGGUGGUUAUAUGAUGAUGGGGGUCUCACUCUCCUCUUGCCCUACAUCAUUUCAACUCGUAGUAAUUGGUCAUCUUGUAAGCUGAGGAUAUUCACAUUAGCAAACAAAAAAGAUGAACUGGAAAUGGAACAGCGAAGUAUGGCAAGCUUGCUGGCAAAAUUUCGAAUUGAUUACUCGGAUGUGAAAGUAAUAACAGAUAUAACAAGAAAACCACAGGAAUCAACAUAUGCUUUCUUCAAUGAGCUCAUUAGUGGCUUUAAAUUGGCUGAGAAUAAUCAUAAUACUGGAGAUGGUGAUUUUCCUAUGCACAUUAAGGAAGAAGAACUUAGAUCAAUGGCAGACAAAACCAACAGACAUAUUAGACUGAGAGAACUAAUGAUGGAGAACUCUAUCAAUGCUAAUCUAAUUGUUAUGACACUUCCAAUGCCAAGAAAAAAUGCUGUCUCUGCUGCACUGUAUAUGGCUUGGCUUGAAACGCUAACAAACGGCAUGCCCCCAUUCUUACUAGUUCGGGGUAACCAGUCAUCAGUUCUUACAUUUUACUCAUAGAUAACAGUGGUUUACACACUAAACAAACAUGCUGAUCAUGUUAAGAAACAAAAUACGAAAAGUUUUAGCUAAGCUGGAACUGGCUAAGUCAUCCUUUAUUUGUAUAACUGUGUAGUAUUGACAGCCUAUAAACAAGAUGGGAUAUUGUGGAUGCAGGAAAUGUUAUACAGAGCUUUUAAAAUGGUUCACCUUUUAAUCAAUUCACUGAACAAAUGCAGUCAGGGACUAUACUGUUGUUGUAAGAAGUGAAAGUGGGGAGAAUGGUUUGCUUUGCAUAUUGGAUUUACACACAGGAAUCCCUAACAUCAAUUAUAUGGCUUGAAAGCGAAAUAUAAACAUUAUAUAGGAAUGUUUGUCUGAGACUAGUCAAGUACUGUUUUAUAAUUAGUUGUAUCCUGUGUGUGUUGGUAAUUUUACAAUGUCGGAACCUAUUUUCAUCUGUAAAUGGAAUUAUGGAAUUUAACUCUGUGUUCCUAAAUGCUACAAAAGCAUGAUGUACAUAAUUCAA